UUAGAAAAAUGAUGCUCCCCGAGUCCAUACUAACUCGACUCUGGAGAAGAGAGCCAAUCCGGAAGAGAUUGGAGUCUCACUUGACAACAACCGACAAGGUAAUAUGUCGUCUUGUCUGCCGUGACCUUGCUAUCAAGUUAGUACCAGCCCUCUUUCAAGACAUCACAAUCCGAUUCCGAUGUCGAUCGUUGAGCCGGCCAUCCCGGGUGUCCGCGCUUGAGCGCAUCGGUCAUUAUAUCCAACAAGUGACAUUCGUCAUCGCUCAUAUCGCCGAGACCUUCUUACCACCGGUCAUUGACGCGGGCUCGGGUAGAGAGCAGACAUUCGUGUAUAUACCUCAGCACCAGCAAGGGCCACCAAGAAGCCCCAAAUAUGGGACAUGGAAAAUGACGGACCUGCUAGUCAAGCAAUAUCCACCUCUCUUCCAUGCCGCCACCGAUAUCCCCUCGUUCAUACGAGUAUUAUCCUGCCUGAAAAACCUGCGUCACCUGCGAAUUACUUGCGAGGGCCAGCCGCCCAGCCAUCGGUACCGUCGAAGCGUGGUCGACUAUGCGCUGAUUUCGCUGCGCAUUGCUGUUGAGCAGGUAUCAUUGACGUUUCUAGACAGACUCUCAUUGUUGUCAGUUCAUCCCGCCGCGGUGCUCUAUCUCCAGCCAAAUCUGGGAUUCGGUGCAUCGCCUGCCUCGCGUAGGCGCUGGUCACAGAUUCGACAACUUACCAUUCACAUGGAGAGCUUCCCUUACCGCGAAGGUUCGCCCACAGACCACUUUAAGCUUUUGCAUGCGUAUCUCCAAAGCUUCCCUGAGCUCCGGACGCUGGUAUUCCAUUGGAAAGGCGAAAGAGGCCUGUCGCCAUUGUCGCUGGCAAAUGAGCCUUGUCUCCGAAACACAACCAACAAAAGAUUGAGGCAAUCGGAUAGCGCGCAGAGGCGCCCGGAUGUAGAGUUGGUCAAUGUGGUGAUGGAUGCAUCGCAGGUAGCGUCCUUCAUUCUCGAUCAUCGAAAAUCGCUGCAUGAGAUCAACUUUCAAGAUAUACGCUUGCGUGCGGGCACAUGGGAUGAAGCAUUGGCACCGUUGACUCGAAUAAGCGGCAGCGCCCGGUGGAAACAGUACCAGACACGCGAACGCAGCGUCGACGUGCCUAUUAUGCUGAAGCCCAUGGCGGCCAGCCAGCAGUCAAUGCCACCGGGAAUUCAUCCAGUACAGCGACAUUGUGAAGCACUGUACAGCUUGGCGACGCAAGUGGACGAGCAUUCCUGGGGAAGACCCGAUCAUAUGAAGCGGCAGCUACCAUCCUCAGCCUCGCGUCGGCGGUGA